AUGGAGAAGGCGCUGAAGACGCUGCGGAGGGUCGGCGACGGCGUCGUUGAGAAGCAGCAGAUCACCUUCCAAGGGAUGCUUCGGAAGCUAGACAUCAAGCAUGAGGAGGAUCUGAAGUCAGUAACUGCUGUUGCAACCCAUAUUUUCAAUGAUGGGGUAACAAACUGGGAUAGAAUUGUGACACUCAUCUCUUUUGGUGCCUUUGUUGCAAAACACCUGAAGAGCAUAAACCAGGAGAAUUGCAUCAACACACUAGCAGGGAUCAUCACAGAUGUGCUUGUCACAGGCAAACGACAUUGGUUAGUUAACCAAAGAGGCUGGGAGGGAUUUGUUGAAUUCUUCCGUGUAGAGGAUCUAGAAGGUAGCAGCAUCAGGAAUGUUCUGGUGGCUUUUGCUGGACAGGGAGCAUCCUUGGCCUACAUGAUGCGAUGA